AGAGCUUCUGGACUUUUGCGACUUUUGUCUUCGGAGUUUUGCUUGUAAAGGUCUUUAUCUUGAAUUUUUAUAGGCGAUCUUAAUACGUACAGUAUUGCAGUUGUACGUAAUACAUGUGGAUUAAGCUGGAGUUUGAUUCAGAUGUUUAGUUAAUCUGUUACAAAAAAGGGGAUAGGGCUCGAUGUCUGUGUUGUUCUGUUGACGUACUCGUACUGGUUGAGCUAGACAGCUCCAGUGCCAGGACCAGUGGUAUAUCCCAUCAGCAUCUUGAUUGUCACCCUGAUUCCUAACGCACGAUGGACGCUUCGGGCUCUCGCGAUUACUCUUCGGAAUUCGAAUAUGAUUCGGAAGCAGACAAGAAAAGGAAGCGCAGACAUGACUUAACCAAUAAAGAACUUCCAGCUCCGGUGGAAAACGUUGGCUCGAAAAGAUAUAAACCACCAACCAAAUCCGACGCUCUUUACAAGGAUUCGAGGGACAUCGUGCGAUAUCAUGCAUCCGGCAUGGAUGCCUACUCCCGGCAUAAAAAGAUGAUUAACGAUUAUCUUCUAAUUACACCUGGGGACACGAAACUUCUUCGUCGUGAUACGAGCCGCGAUCGGACGGAUAAGGAUGUGAUAAGAGAGAAUCACAAAUUUUUGUGGGAUGAGGAGAAUGAAGAUGAACUUAGCUGGGAACAAAAACUGGCGAAAAAGUAUUAUGACAAAUUAUUUAAGGAGUACUGCAUUGCGGAUUUACAUCAUUAUAAGCACAAUAAAAUUGGAAUGAGAUGGAGAACAGAAAAAGAAGUGAUAGAAGGGAAAGGACAAUUCAUAUGUGGAUCAAAGCACUGCUCGAACCAAAUGGGGCUUAGAAGCUGGGAAGUUAAUUUUGGAUACAUGGAAAACGAAACUAAGAAAAAUGCUCUUAUUAAAUUAAGGUUGUGUCCUUCUUGUUCCGGAAAGUUAAACCAUAAUAAAGCGCACAAGGACGUAUCUCGCGAAGCCGCACCUGUUGUGAUAAAAGAAGAGCCUCUGUCACCCAGCCAUGUUCCGACUCAGUCGAGCUCGACUGAGUCGUCCCUUGCCGUGCCAACAGAAGAACAAAUCAAGGAACAAGAAAAGGCCAUCUGGGGUCAACCAGCACCGGCUGUCCAGGAUAAACCUGUUGGCAUGGAUUUCGAUCAAUAUUUUGCGGACAUGCUGUUUUGAAGCAGAUAGCGAUGAAUUACUCCGCUUAGGGUAACGCAUUUUGGGAGGUCGUGUACGCUCGGAAGUAAUUUGGCUCCUAUCGUGUGAGCCCAACAGGAGCGCUGCCGCAUUGGAGACUUACUGUUUUGCCUGCGAAACAACUGACAUGCUAAAAGGAGAGUCUUAUGAAAUCCUUUGCCUCAUUCAGUCGUGAAGGCUAAAUUUGUGGGUGUUAUUUUCUUAAACUUUCUGCGCUGGAUACGAAUACUGAUAUUUUACUGUGUUGAACAUUUCAAGGCUUGCAUCCAGUUAUUGAUGAGUUGGGGUUGGCAGGUGGCUUUGGUGACUGCGAAGUAUUUUAAAUUCCUGCAGUUUUUUGGAAUUUCUAAUUUUGUUUGAUUAAGAAAUAAAGUCUUACUACUUGUAUAACAUACUUUUGUUGCGGAAUUUAGCUUUGUAAUAGUCCACUUCCGUUUGCUUCGUUGAACUUUGUUUUCCCGAUCAUUCGCCUGAUGCAUUUUUCAGGAAGGCGCGCAAAUGUUCACGCUGCGACGUUAUGGCUGGCUGAUCGCUUCCUACCGGUUAAUAUGAGUUACAUACAGCCGUUGAGAUGUAAAUCGACGGAAUUUUUAGUUUUUGGCACUCUAGUCUCACGUCGAUUGAAUGAUUUGACGGGUACCAUUCCUUGCAAAAUGAUUACUACUGCAGAUACUAGCGGCAAGGUCCAGACGGGCGCGUUGCGUAACAUCUUCUAUAA